AUGCUUCUCGCACUUGAAGUUCCUAUCAAAAUAUGUGGCAAUAUUUAUGGACAAUAUACAGAUUUGCUUCGUCAUUUUGAAUCAAGUGGCUUUCCACCUCACUCCAACUAUUUGUUUCUUGGCAACUACAUUGAUCGAGGUAGACAAUCUUUGGAAACGAUUUGUCUUUUACUCGCAUACAAAAUAAAAUAUCCGAAUAAUAUUUUCUUACUACGAGGAAAUCACGAAUGUAGCGCUAUAAAUCGCAUCUAUGGAUUUUACGACGAAUGCAAACGACGGUACAAUAUUAAAUUAUGGAAAUUAUUCAAUCAAUGUUUCAAUUGUCUUCCAGUAGCUGCUAUUAUCGCUGGCAAAAUAUUUUGUUGUCAGGGAGGUCCUUCACCAGAACUCCAUAGUUUGGAACAAAUUCGACAAAUCCAACGACCAAUAGAUGUGCCUGACACAGGUCUUCUUUGUGAUCUAUUAUGGUCCGAUCCGGACAAUGAUGUAAAAGGCUGGAGUGAGAGUAAUACUGGUAUUUCGCUUAGAUACGGUGCUGAUAUAGCCAAUGAAUUUUUGAAUCGAUAUAAUAUGGAUUUGAUCUGUCGAGCACAUAAAGUUCUCGAAAAUGGUUACGAAUUCUUUGCUGAUCGUCGACUAGUGACUAUUUUUUCAGCACCAGACUAUCGUGGUGGAUUUGAUAAUACAGCUGCACUCAUGUCAGUUGAUGAAAAUUUGAAAUGUUCAUUUAUGAUUCUUCAUCCAAAGUACAAACAAGUCGAGAAGCAAAAUGAUGAGAAUUUAGAUUCGAGCUGUCAAGCUCACUCUGUUAAUGAGAAAUUGGAUAAAUCAUCAUUAACUCUAAUACAUAAUUGUCAGAAAUGUGUGAACUGGGCUGACAUAGAUAAUCAUGUAUCAUCUAAAGAAUAA